AUGCAAGAUCUGGGUGAGAAGAUUGGUGAAGAGAUCAUUGGACGCGUCCCUACCCUGGCAGAUUACUUUGCAGCCAUCGAUGCUAUCAGAACAGAGCUUCAGCUCGGAGAUGGUUCGCUCUAUCAGACAAUCGUUACUAACAUGCAGGAUAGCAGCAAGAACCCGGAAAUCCAGCUUGAUGCGACCGUAAGGCAAGGAAAUGAUCUUUGUCCACAGGAAGUCGCGUUCAUGGCUGCUCGAAGGAGAAAAAUGAGGAAGGCAUUUGCAAAGUUCAUCGGCGUCAAAGAAUCUGAGGUUCAUGAGAACGACAUUCCUGUAGUGGCACUCGCUGGAAGCGGCGGUGGGUAUCGAGCUAUGAUAUCGUCAUUAGGCUAUAUGACUGCAGCAAAGAAAACCGGACUCUUUGAUUGUGCCAUGUACAUGGCUGGCGUCUCGGGAAGUUGUUGGAUGAUUGCACAAUACAUGACAUUGGGACAACGGUCAUUCACAAAGACACUCGAGCAUUUCAAACAGUCACUCAACAUCCCAAUCGAUCACUAUCCAUCCUUUAUUCACACCUUGCUCAGCAAUCCAGGAGCGGCUCAGUUGAUUCUAGAAGGUAUCGUUCAAAAAUAUAGCAAUGGCCGCAACCUCACAUUGGUGGAUGCCUUUGGCACGGUACUUGCAUCGCGACUCCUGAUCCAUCGCGAAAGAGAUGGAGAUAAUGGCGAGUGGGUUGACCCACUGGAUUUUAAGCUUUCACAACAGAGUCGCUGGACCAAUUAUGGUGAUCAACCCUUACCUAUAUAUACUGUUGUAUCCCAUGUUCUCCCAAGCUCUAUGCCUGAACGUCUCGGAGAAGGAGACAUUAUUGUCGACGAUGAUAUUGAUAAAGAUACAGAGACACACUACUACCAAUGGUUUGAAGUGACUCCCUAUGAGUUUGGCAGCGAAGAAACCUGUGCCUGGAUCCCUACUUGGUCCUUCGGCCGUCGCUUCGUUGCUGGGAAGAGUAUCGAAAGGCUUCCAGAGACUAGCCUUGCUAUUCUUUUGGGAACUUUCGGAUCUGCUUUUACUGCCACAAUGGCUGAUUAUUACAAGGAGGUGCGGCCACUCUUGAACAAGACCAUCUCCGACUCUAUGGACUCCUAUAUCAAUGAGUAUUUGGACAACAUGUCACAAAUCCAUCCACUAUCACCGUCCUGCUUUCCAAACCCGAUUUACAAACUCCCAGACCCUGAGAUCGAGGCAGAGGCUUUUUCACAAAGAGAAAACAUCUACUUGAACGAUGCUGGGAUGGAUAACAACCUGCCACUUUAUCCAUUAUUACGCCCAGGCCGGAACGUUGAUAUUGUUUUGGCAUUUGAUAGCAGUGCUGAUAUUGAAAGUGUUCCAUGGUUUGAGAAGGCCGAUGAGUAUGUGAAGAGGCGAGGCAUUGAACGUUGGCCACCCAUUUCCAAGACAAGGGCGGAACAACUGGCAAAGCAGGAAGAAGGCUCCCCCAGAAAAAUGAAACAUGUGGAGAUCUUCCACGGCAUUGUAGCAGAGAAUCGUGAUGCUGAUCAUGUCGUACCAAACGAGGAUGGAUCACCAACGCAAGGUCCGUCGCGUUCCUCAUCCAAGGAUACUUCUUCCAACCAGAAUAUCAACGUGCAUCCUAUUACUCUGGUUUACUUUCCAUUAAUUCCUAAUGAAGAGUACCAAGGUGAUUUUAAUCCUGCUCUAAUUCCUUUUUGCUCAACAUUCAAUUUUGAAGUCAAGCAAGAUGAGGUUACUCUUUUGGCUGGCCUUGGAGAGACAAAUUUCUACAAAGGCCUGGAGGAUAUUAAGAAAAUCAUGAAAGAAACAUGGCUUCGCAAGAAAGCUGAGAGGUUGGAGCACGAAAAGCAAGAGAAAAAAAGUCGUAGACAUCACCAUACGGAUUCAGUUUCUGAAACCCCAAAAAAUUAA